AUGGCGCCGAAAGGAAAGAAGGGCAAGAAGGGUGGCGACGACUGGGACGAGGGCUUAGGCGAGGCCGCCGACCCGAUAGCAGCGGCAGAGGCUGAUGCGAAAGCUGGCGAGGCCGCUCAAAAUGAGGAAGAAGAAGCCGGUGGAGGAGGCCUGAUGGCGGCGCUCAAGAAGAACAAGGAAAAGCGCCGGAAGAAGGGCAAGGUCGUUGACAACGACUUCCUCGAAGGCGAGGAUCCCACUGCAGAUGACGCUGGCACCCCAGCUGAGCCAGAGCUUCCGGACCUCAGCGCCAAGGCUCCCGAGGAGGCCACGAUGGAUGACGAGGAUGCAUUCGGCCAACCUGGCAAGGGCAAAAAAGGCAAAGGUGGCAAGGGUGGUCAGCAGCAGGCUAAGAAGGCUGUCGAGCCUGAGGACGCCGAUGCUGAUGGCGAAGAAGGUGGAGGUGUAAAAACCAAGGCACAGAAAGAAAAGGAGAAGAAGGAGCGCGAGAAACAGAGGAAGAAGGAGCAGGCUGCUGCUAAAAAGAAGACUACUGCUCCACCAGCACAGCCAAAGCAAGAAGAGGCGAAAGCUGUUGAAGCCGCUCCAGCUAUUGCGCCCGAAACAGCCGCCGGCGGUAAGAAGAAGAAGCUUCCCGCUGCACUUGCAGCUCUUCAGAAGCAACAGGAAGAGCUCAAGAAGAGGCAAGAGGAAGAGGCACGCCUUGCAGCUGAAGAUGCUGCUCGUGAAACAGAGGAGCGCAAGCGACUCGAGGAAGAAGAGAAGGCGAAGGAGGCUGCGAAAGCUGCGAAGAAGGCCAGGGAGAAGGCCAGGAUUGAAGAGCAAAAGAAAGCUGGUACAUACAAGACUGAGAAGCAGCGCAAGGAGGAGGCACAACAAAAGCUUCGUCUCCAGCAAAUGUUGGAGUCUGGUGCCAAGGUUGCUGGUAUCGAAGGUGAGACUGAGCCGAAGAAGCCAACGAACAAGGAUCAGCGCAAGAAGAAUCCGCGCAAGGAGGCAGAGGAGCGCAAGGCUCAGCAAGCUCGCGAAGAGGAAGAAGCUCGCAAGAAGAUGGAGGAGCUAGAAAUUAGAGAAGAGCAGGAGAAGAAGGCUGCUGAGGAGGCCGAGAAAGCCAGACUGGAAGCCGAAGCCAAGAAGAAGGAAGACGCCGAGGACGAGCUUGACGAUUGGGAGAAGAUGGCCGAGGCAGAAGAAGACGGUGUCAAAGACAGCUGGGACGCCGAUUCUGAGCCCGAGAUGGUCAAGUCAAAGGUCAACGGUAAGCCAGUACAGAACGGCGCCACUGGCGCCAAGGCAGACAUUAAGGAUGCGGACGACGAUGAAGAAGAAGAUUCAGAGGACGAGUCAUCCGAGGAGGAAUCGGACUCCGAAGAAGAGCAGAGUGCCGCUCAGAAGCAAGCGGCUCUCAGACGUCAACAGGCGGCUGAGAAACGACAAAAGGAAAAGGAAGCUGCGCGUGCCGCAGGCUCAAAGGAGAACCUUAGAUCGCCCAUUUGCUGUAUUCUUGGUCACGUCGAUACCGGUAAGACGAAGCUGCUCGACAAGAUUCGUCAGACAAACGUCCAGGACGGCGAAGCUGGGGGUAUCACGCAGCAAAUUGGUGCCACUUACUUCCCAGUCGACGCCCUGCAAAAGAAGACGGCCAUCGUCAAUCAGGACGGCGCCUUCGAGUUCAAGGUACCCGGACUUUUGGUUAUCGAUACACCCGGUCACGAGUCUUUCACCAACCUCCGAUCUCGUGGAAGCUCGCUCUGUAACAUUGCUAUUUUGGUUGUCGAUAUUAUGCACGGUCUGGAGCCGCAGACUCUCGAGUCGAUGCGUUUGUUACGUGACCGCAAGACACCCUUCAUCGUCGCUCUCAACAAGAUUGACCGCCUCUACGGAUGGAAGCCGAUCGCCAACAACGGCUUCCGCGACUCCCUUAAUCUCCAGAAGUCGAGCGUGCAGAACGAGUUCCGCGACAGACUGGAGAAGACCAAGCUUGCAUUCUCUGAGCAAGGCUUCAACGCUGAGCUCUUCUACGAGAAUAAGUCGAUGGCCAAGUUCGUCUCCCUCGUGCCGACAUCUGCACACACUGGCGAGGGUAUUCCCGACAUGCUGAAGCUGCUGGUCACUCUUACUCAAGAGCGCAUGACCAACCAGCUCAUGUACUUGUCCGAAGUGGAAUGCACCAUCUUGGAAGUCAAGGUCAUUGAAGGUCUUGGCACGACAAUUGAUGUCGUGCUCUCGAACGGUAUUCUGCACGAAGGCGACAAGAUCGUACUUUGUGGUACGGACGGUCCCAUCACGACUGAUAUUCGGGCUCUCUUAACCCCGGGAGAAAUGAAGGAAUUGCGUGUCAAGUCGCAAUACGUGCAUAACAAGACUGUCAAAGCGGCGCUCGGUGUCAAGAUUGCAGCCAAUGGUCUGGAUAACGCCAUUGCUGGUUCUCGAGUGCUCCUUGUCAAGGAUCCGGAUGACGAGGACGAAAUCGAAGACCUGGAGGAGGAAGUCAUGGGCGAUAUCGAAGCUCUUAUGUCAAAGGUCACCAAAACUGGACGUGGCGUUUACGUUCAGGCCUCGACUUUGGGCUCUCUUGAAGCCUUGCUUGAAUUCUUACGCACAAGCAAGAUCCCGGUCGGCAACAUCGGCCUCGGUCCUGUUCACAAGCGCGACGUCACUCAGGCGGGUACGAUGCUUGAGAAGGCCAAGGAGUACGCGGUCAUGCUGUGCUUCGAUGUCAAAGUUGACAAGGACGCUCGCGAGCAUGCGGAAGCCACAGGUGUCAAGAUUUUCACUGCGGACAUUAUCUACCAUCUCUUCGACGAUUUCACCAAGCAUAUGGCGCAGCUGGCACAGCAGAAGAAGGAGGAAAGCAAGAUGCUUGCUGUCUUUCCCUGCGUACUGCGUCCAGUGGCGGUCUUCAACAAGACUGGCCCGAUCGUGGUUGGUGUAGACGUUAUCGAUGGCAAUUUGCGCGUCAACACGCCUAUCGCUGCUGUCAAGCACAACUCCGUCACAAAUGUGAAGGAAGUCAUCGUAAUGGGCCGUGUGACCAGCAUUGAGCGCGACCACAAGCAACUUCCCAUCUGCAAGAAGGGCCAGCCUUCUGUUGCCGUCAAGAUCGAGGCCCCCAACCAGCCUAUGUACGGACGACAGUUGGAGGAGAAGGAUACACUCUACUCCCACAUCAGUCGUGCCAGUAUUGAUACCUUGAAAGAGUUCUACAGGGAUGAGGUGGAGAAGGAUGAGUGGGCUUUGAUUGCGAAGCAUUUGAAGCCCUUGUUUGACAUCUCAUAG